AUGUCUUUCCCGCAGACUCUGGAGGAGUGGAGGAAACAGGGCGAAGCCUGGGGCGAGAACCGGAAAUACGAACCGUAUGAUCUAUGGCGCCCCUUCAUUCCAUUCUUUCAAAGUCACGGUCUCACACUCUGGGAAACGAGCGCUAGGUACCCCUUACCUGCCUACAAUCUACUCCAACCCAAAGGGAUCGAAAGAGCCCCCGACGGUUUCUCGUACCUUUCAGAGUAUUUUCCUGAUGGGCUUCCUGAAUUAGAGUACCAUAUUCAACAAGUCAAUCCUAUCGUUUGUCCUGCGCGCACGUCGGAUGGUCGCGAUGUAAUGAUACGGCUUGUCUGUAUGAAAACAGACCCUAGCCCUUCCGGAAUCCGCCACCUGGAGAUCUUGCGUCGCAUCGCUAAGGGCCAUGUUGCUUGUAUAGGCAAUAACCAUAUCGUGCCGGUCCUUCAGGAACUGACUAGCGACGAACACGGGCUCACGUUCAUUGUGCAACCGAAACUUUACGAUAUUGAUGCGUUUCCUACAUGGUAUACGGCGCGUGAGGCAGCUGACUUCGUCGUGCAGAUCUUAGAGGGUUUCGACUUCUGCCACAGGCGUCUCAUUGCUCAUCUCGAUAUAGGCUACGGCAACAUUCUUAGCAAUUUCCGCGGUGGAGCUAAAUUUCCAGGCGACUACCGUCAAGAAGGCGUCUAUCCCUUUCGCUCCCAUUUUCCUGUCCGGUACUACAUCAAUGACUUCGAAUUGGGGCUCUCGUUCGAUGAAAACUCCGAUCCGCUGUCUAGGUUGAUCACGGGCAUUCCAUAUACCACCGCAGGCAGAGCAGGGACAUACGGACGGCCUACAGCUCCGGAAAUGACCAAACCUGAUGUGCCGUAUUGUCCUUUCCGUGCGGAUGUGUGGCAGCUUGGAACCAUGAUGAAACAAGAUUGUGAAUUCGAGAACGUAGGCGGGCUGCCGCAGUAUCAGAGUCUGCUGGAUGAGAUGGUCGCCGAGGACCCACUUGCCCGUCCUACGAUGGGCGAGGCCUUGCGUAGAGCGCGUGAGCUAAGAUUAGCCCUUCCUCAAGAUCUCUGA